GCCAUUGCAAAGCAACUGACAGCUCAAAUUAAUUUCCAUGAAAGCGAACUUGUUGGACCAGUUCUUGGUACAAUGGUACGCAUGUGUAACCUCUUUGUUCACUUCUUAAUUCGCCAAUUUACCUUUCUCUGUAUCAGAAUUAUCUGCUCACGCCCACUUGCAAUUGCCAGUUUUCAUGCCCUCCUUACAAGAUAGAUAUAUAGCGCUCGAUCACAUGCAGUGUUCAAUGCUACACAGUACAGACCAAUGCUCUAGAGAGAGGAAGAGAGGGGGGAGAUGGGCAGGCAGCAUUACAGGUUCAGACUGUCCCAUCUCCUGCCAAACUCUUGGUUCUACAAGCUGAGGGACAUGAAGAGACCCAGACCACCAAGCCAGCAAAGAAGCGCUGCAGCUACAAGAACGCCCAGGAGAUCAUCAUCAAGCCACUACUGCCAUGGAACCACCACACCCAGACCUCUUCCCUUACCACCAUACCAAUCCUACUCCUCCUACUUACAAGCAAAGAAAAUGCUACCGGAGAAGCUGCCCCUCUCUCCUCUCUGCCUCAGCCCAAAGGCAACAAACAUCCGACUCCCCAACGAUCAUCAUCAGUCACCAUCAUCGACAAGUGCCGCCGACGUCGUCGUCGACGAUUUUCGAGCCUUGCAACUACGUCCGAUUCGCACAAGGACAGCAUCAAUCCCGUCCAGAAGUGUGCACCACAGCACGACCGCAAGCAGUACGUGCCCGAGCUCGCCGAGGCUUAGGAGCAGAAGGCUUCGUCUUUCCAGCAGUGGCCGUUGCAGAGUUAGCACCAGGUGCACUGGUCGCCGGAGAAGCGCAAGGAGGAGCAUCGCCGUCGUGGUUGCGUCGACGGACCCGUACAAGGACUUCAGGGAGAGCAUGGUGGACAUGAUCGUCGGAACCGACAUGCGUGGAGCAGAGGCUCUGAGGGACCUCCUUGAUUGCUAUCUGUCGUUGAACUCGAGGGAGUACCACGGAGUAAUCACGGAGGUGUUCAGGGGAAUCUGGCUCCAGAUUGUGCGUGACGGUGUUGAGACAUGAGGAAUAAUCCCGAGCUGUAAAUCAAGUCUCGUUGGGAUGUACAGACCUGUGAACAAUGUGUAUGUGCCGCUUGAGUUGUUUGUGUGCGAUAUACUAAUAUUCCUAGUUGCUACUCCGUAUAUCUGUCAUUGUCUUAAAGUGUAAUGGUAAUAAAUCGAUAUGUGUAAGGGGCUUUCCGGAAGAAAAAAAAUCCAGAUUUUGCUUUCUGUCCGAUCGAUCCCCUCCUUUG